AUGUCCGAUUCAGACACUGUACCGCCAUCCGAUGCUGCCCAGAGCAACGACACACGAAUCAUCGACGCCCCUUUCCCCUUUAACAGAGCCACGGCAGACCUGAUCCUGCGUUCAUCCGAUCGGGUCGAUUUCCGCGUGCGGAGGGGCAUCCCCGCAGAGGCCUCCAAUUUCUUCGAGGACAUGUUCCAGCUGCCACAGCCCGCAGUGGGCCGAUCCCUCGAGGAGACCAGAGAUGCUCUGCCGAUCGUGGACAUGGAGGAGGACAGCAGCACGCUGGAGCGGCUGCUGCGUCUCUGCUAUCCGGCGGCGGGGAACACCCCCAAAAUCGAAAACUUGGACGACCUACGCCGUGUCAUACGCGCUGCGAUCAAGUAUGCCAUGCCGCAGUUGCUAGACACGCUCAAAGGCGAUCUUCGGAGCUUCGCAGACGCUUACCCCGUCCGAGUCUACGCGAUCGCGCUGGUCUUGAAGUUGGAGGACGAGGCUAGGGCGGCGGCAAAGGCCUUUCUGGCUUUCUCCAUACUAGAGAGCGCGGAUGCGCCGGAGCUAGCAGAGAUCACUGGCAAGCAGUUCAAUAAUCUGCUCAAAUACCACAGAGCGUGCAGCGCGAAGGCUACUCCGGUGGCUAACCAGCCACCAUGGGCCCUGAAACGAAACGGUAACACCUGGUUCGAUAGCCACCACAGUGGUUGCCAGCGCGAUUACGUCGGGGACUAUUACGCCUCGAGCUGGUGGAAAAGGUACAUGACCAGAAGCGCUGCCCUUCUGGAAACGACGCCCUCUGGCAAGGCACUCCUGGUUGACAGUAGAAUAGACGCUGCCCUUAAGGAGGCGGUAGUAGAUUGCACUACGUGCGGGCGUUCUGCCCCGGGACAGAUGCGGUGCUUUGUUCGAGAGUUCGCACAGAAGGUCGACGAGGCUGUCGCAGAGGUUCCCUUGGUCAUCGAGUGA